AUAUCCGCCCAAGUAGCUAUUUAUACACGUAGGGCCAAGGACGGCCAGUUAUAUAAGCAGGUCGCUUGGGGCAGGGAAUAUGCCGUGAUAGCGGCACAAAGCCUUUCCAGCGUUACGCCAACAAAGAGGGUAUCGAUUUCUUUGGUGGCGACAAUGUACGGCCCCGCCUAGGCGAUUUAAAUUGUGGCCAUGUGGCGCAAGGAUGGGGAGGUCCGUCAUGGUUGUCCUCUUUUGCCCCCCUUCUUCUCGCUUCUAUUGGAUUUUAUAAGUGUGUGUAGUUACACUCCAACAAUGGCGGAGCUCGCGAAGCUGUAGAGCUACCUGAGAAGAAGACGAUCGCAGCAACAAAGAAAGGCCAAAACAAAAGCGGAGAGAGAGAGAGAGAGUGAGAAGAAAGUUGGGGGAAAAAACCGAUUUUGAUGAAAGCAGUGGAUUCUAGUCUCAAUGCAAACUAACUACACGAACCUUAGAAACGAUAAAAGUCUUCCUAUAGCUCUUGCGAGACGUAGAGGUCACUGGUGCGUUAAACAAUUCACGUAGUUCUUUUUCUUCGUGUUUUGAUGACCCUUUGAUCUUUGCAAGAGCUAACACCUGGAUCUUCAAAUCACGAGAAAAAGAGGUUAGAAUCGAAAGAAGAGUAAAAUAAGGUGGAAAACGGGGAUAAAAAACUCGACUUUAGUGAAUUUACUACGUAGCUUUGUCCCGACUCGUCACCACCAUUACCGAAGAGGAGGCUGCGUCCCUGUCCAGUCGAUGCUCUAAGAUCCAUUUGAGUUUGUCCCUUCUAUCAUCUGUCCGGAAUAAGAGUGGCCAAGAGAUGUGGCUUCCUCCUCUUCUUCUCGCUUCUCCAAAGCUUGAGGAGCUCGCAGCUAUAAAUUUCCCAAAACCUUCCCCAUUGCCACUCCAUCCAUUCCCGAGCUCUGCGUUUGUGUUGCGUUGCGUUUUGCGUCCCUGGAAGAUAUUGACGUAGUUCUUGAGUGGAGAUCGUUGUGUUGCUUUUCCUCCGCUGGUAACAAUUGAUGUCCUCGCGCUCCACAAGGAUUUAUGCGAAUUCAUGGCACUCCAAGUCACCGCUGCUGCUUCAAGCACUGUUUCUUCGGCACCACUAGCAUUUAUCCCUGCUCGUCCCAGCACUUCCAAAGCGGCAAUGGACCUUCCAUCGUCCUCAUCUAAAGUUUUCCCUGAGAGCCACAGGUGGCCGCCUAGUGACUGUCCCAAAGUCUUCCACAAUCAAUACAUCCGCGGCCUGGAGCUUCCGGUGAUCGAUCUGGACGAGGACGAGCGUGUCUGCCUCGAGAAGCUGCGCAAAGCCUGCGAGGAGUGGGGAUUUUUCAACGUUGUCAGCCAUGGUGUGCCGCAGGAUCUGAUGAAAUCCAUGGAGGGAUUAUCAAAAUCGUUUUUUGGCUUGCCAGUCGAAAGUAAGAUCCAAGCUACCGAGGGAAGCUGGAAGUUCCGUCUCUAUGAGAGCUUCUCCCGCAAGAAAUACACGGCGUGUUCCUGGGUGGAGGGACUCAAUGUACACGACCUGUCCGCCAUUCCCCAGAUUGCGAGCUGCGCAUGGCCGGAACAAAGCACAACUAUCAGCAAAACUUUCACGGAUUACCUGAGAGAGAUGGACAAGCUUGGAAAACGCAUACUUCGGCUGCUGGUGCUGAGCCUGGGAGUGAAGGAGUCCACCGCCAGCGAUUUGCUGAGCGGCUGUGGAUUCACUGGAACUCGCUUCAAUUACUAUCCAUCGUGUCCGGAGCCGAGCAUGGCUCUCGGCCUUGUUCCUCACACAGAUCCAAACUGUGUGACAAUUCUCCACCAGGACAGUGUAGGAGGCCUGCAGAUAGCGAGAAAAGGUCAGUGGAUAGCGGUAAAGCCAAUAGACAAUGCCAUCGUGAUCAACAUCGGCGACAGCUUCCAGGCCUGGAGCAAUUGUAGAUAUAAAAGUGUGGAGCACCGCGCUGUUGUCAACUCGGAUACUCCCCGAGUUUCCAUCGGUUACUUCUACGGGCCCGUGGCAGAGGACUUGGUGAUCCAGGCACCGAGCGAGCUGGUUGACGGGGAUCAUCCUCCCGUGCACAGGCCUUUCCGCUACAUGGACUACAUGUCCUGGAGAACCACCUCAAAUCUUUUCGGGAAGAACGCGUUCAACGUCUUUACGAGCCUGGAUUUCCCAGGAGCAGCAGCCGCUGCGAGCGAAAAGCCUUAAAAAGAAAAGGUUUUUUCGCUCUUGCUGCCUGCAAGCAAAGAAAGAAGAGAAGUUUUACGAUAGAUAGUACGAAAGAUGAGCUUAAAAACUAAAUUUUGUUUGGUGCUUUCAAGAGAGAGCAUCCAGCAGUUUGAUCUCCAAAGAUGCAGGAAGCUGCAGUUUGCUUUGGAGCCAAAGAAAGAGAGAAAAAAAGAAAAACCGCAAGAGAAAACUAGCGAAGAGAAAGAACACCAAUAAGGACAGCACAGCACAGCCAUGGAACAAAAUUCCAAGGA